GAGCGUCCCUGGAGCGUCCCCAGGUGCCAUGAAGCCCCUCGAGCUGUCCCCGGCCCUGCUGCAGCCGCAGGACAGCGCUGGGGCCAUCCUGGGCCAGCUGCUGGCCACCCUGUCCAGGGAGAACGAGACGCUGCUCGGGUCUGCAGCGAGCCUGUCCCGGGACACGGAGGAAUUCACCAGGGAACUCCGGGCCACCCUGUACAGCACUGAUGACACCUGGCGGUACUGGAAUGUCACCAAUGAUUGUAUUAACCCUCUCACCUUCCUGAGCCAGGCCCUGGCCGCCUAUGACAGCACCCAAGGGAGCUCCCAGAAGUAUGUGCGAUGGCCAUCCUUAACAUGGUACAUGUCACCAAGAAGCCUCAAGGACAGGUGGGCCGAGCUGGCCAAGAAAGCCACCAAGCUCUGCAACACCUGCAGGAAUUUGGCCACCGAGGCGGCCGACAGGGCGGCCACCGCCACCGCCUGGGCCAGGGAGCUGCAGGCCAUGGCUGCCAUGUAUGGGACACCUCAGGAACACAUGGGGGAGCUGGGUCAGGCCCUGGGCAGGGAGGAGGGGGCUGAGGUGGUGGCCGGGCGUGAAGCCUGGGUGAGGACAGAAGCCAGGGUGGCUGCCAGCGAGGCCACCAGGGCCACCAUGGAGAGACAGCGGCUGGAGGCGGCCCUGGGGCUGCUGGAGCACUUGGUGGCCGCGUGUGACGGAGCCACCGCCUUCCCCGAGGAGCUGGAGCGCCUGGCCAAGGACAUGGAGGACAUCCUGGAGGGGAGAAAGAAGGAGUCCUCCAUUGUCCCCGAGGCCUUGGUGGCCAAGGUGGCCGAGGCCGAGCGGCUGUGGGAGGCCAGCGCCCGCCAAGCCGUGGCUCACUUGGUGAGGACAGUUCCAGACGCCAUCAAGCUCUGGUUCACUGGUGCUCCCACCUGCCCCAGUGCCUGUGGGGUGGCCGAGCGGUGCCAAAGAGCCACCGAGGACAUCCCGAGGCUCCUUCGAACCCCAGAGAGUCCCCAGAGCGUCCCCAGGAUGUCCCCAUUGAGCCUGGAGCUCCAAGAGCUGUCCCCGGCCCUGCUGCAGCCACAGGUCACCGUGGUGGCCACCCUGGGCGAGCUGCUGGCCACCCUGCCCAGGCGGGACGAGGAGAUGCUGCUGCCCGAGUCCGCAGUGGAACUGUACCGGGACCUGGAGGAAUUCACCAGGAACCUCCGGGUCACCCUGUACUGCACUGAGGGCACCUGGUGGCGCCGCAAUGUCACCUCUGAUGAUGGUGACCCUGUCCCCUCCCUGAGCCAGGCCCUGGCUGCCUGCAGGAGCACCCCAGGGACCACCUGGGAUGAUGUGACAAUGGCAGCCAGCAAGUGGCAGCUGUCGGUGUCUGCGCUUGUGGACAGGUGGAUCCGGCUGGCCAAGAAAGCCACCGAGCUCCGCCGCAACUGCAGCUAUUUGGCCACCGAGGCGGCCAACAGGGAGGCCACCGCCACUGCCCGGGCCAGGGAGCUGCAGGCCGAGGCUGCCCGUGAUGGGACAGCUCAGGAACACAUGGGGGAGCUGGGUCAGGCCCUGGGCAGGGAGGAGGGGGCCGAGGUGGUGGCCGGGUGUGAAGCCCAGGUGAGCAGAGAGGCUGGGGGGGCUGCCAGCCUGGUCACUAUGGCAAGCAGAAGGAGACAGCGGCUGGAGGCGGCCCUGGGGCUGCUGGAGCGCUUGGUGGCCGCGUGUGACGAAGCCACCGCCUUCCCCCGGGAGCUGCAGUGGCGGCUCAGGGACACUGAAAACGCCCUCAAGGGGACAAAUGAGGCGUCCCCCGAUGUCCCCGAGGAUUUGGUGGCCAAGGUGGCCGAGGCCGAGCGGCUGUGGGAGGCCAACGCCCGCCUGGCCAAGGAUCACCUGGUGGGGGCACUUGGGGACAUCAUCGGCUUCUAUUUCGAUCGUGGUCCCACCAGUGCCCGUGGGGUGGCCGAGCGGUGCCAAAGAGCCACCGAGGACAUCCCGAGGCUCCUCCAAGUCCCAGAGUGUCCCCAGAGCGUCCCCAAGAUCUGCCCAGUGAGCCUGGAGCCCCAAGAGCUGUCCCCGGCCCUGCUGCAGCCACAGGUCACCGUGGUGGCCACCCUGGGCGAGCUGCUGGCCACCCUGCCCAGGCGGGGCGAGAUGAAGCUUGUGUCCGCAGUGGAACUGUACUGGGACCUGGUGACCUUCACUGAGAGCCUCCGGGUCACCCUGUACUGCACUGAGGGCACCUGGUGGCACCGCAGUGUCACCUCUGAUGGUGGUGACCCUGUCCCCUCCCUGAGCCGGGCCCUGGAUGCCUGCAGGAGCACCCCUGCAGGGACCACCUGGGACUGUGUGACAAUGGCAGCCAGCGAGUGGCAGGGGUUGGUGGCCGUGCUGGUGAACAGCUGGGCCCGGCUGGCCAGGGCAGCCACCAAGCUCCGCAACACCGGCAUAGAAGCGGCUGCUGAGGCGCUCGACAGGGCAGCCCUGGCCAGGGAGCUGCAGGAUGAGGCUGACAUUUAUGGGACAGCUCAGGAACAUAGGGGGGAGCUGGGACAGGCCCUGGGCAGGGAGGAGGACGCCUAUAAACUCGAGGAGAAGAUAGAGGCCUGGGUGGCUGCCAGGGAGGCCACAAGGGCCACCAUGGUGAGACAGCGGCUGGAGGCGGCCCUGGGGCUGCUGGAGCGCUUGGUGCCCCGCGUGUGA